CUGAUCUGUCACUAAAGUGAGGCUGAAAGAGCUUGCUUCGAGGCCACGAAUGUAGGUUUGGGUCUAGCCUUGCUAUAAACAAUGGACACUUUCUUUCUUCCUCUUGUCAAGCUUUCUGAACUUUUAAGUCCAUGUACCACUUUACCUCUUCUGUGUCAUGGCGGACUCCGAUUCUCAUCUAGGACCAGGUCCGGCUACGGGUAGUGAUCUCGGCCGACCAAGUCUCAGCCGUGGUCCUUCCCAUGGAGCCUCAUCUGACGGUGGCAGAUCAGGAGAUCCACUUCUGUCGAGAAAUGUAGCUGGCGAUGACCCGACGCCAGCACUUGGGGAAAGUGUUGCUUUUUCUCCACAACGAGAUCAAGUGAUUGUGGGAGAAAACCCAGCACAAGCAAGAAAUCAGGUGCUAGAUUCCCUAAUACCAAUGGUCGUCACCGAGAAAGUCGCCAAAAAACAUAAAAAGCUCAAUGAUCUGACUUGGUGGCCAACAAUCUUGCAAUGGAGAUCAGUUGUACUCCUUGUAUUAUUAUACACCGCAACAAUAAUCGCCAUUGUUGUGCUUAUGUGGAAAUCCAUCCAAGAUCCGAAUCACAACUUUCGACUUUCCAGUGAAAAUGUACACAUGAUCUCAAGAUAUUUCCCUUCAAUCGUUGGCACGAUCACUGUCCUCCUCUUUCGACAAACAGUACGUGAAGCUUUGCGAAUGGUGCCUUUCGUAAGCAUGGCCGACCAAAAGGGUGAGGAGAAUGAGGGCUCUCGGCCUUGGAAAGGCGUUGGUGGUGCAUGGUUCCCGUGGCAGAGUGUCACAACGACGCCAUGGAACAUAUUAUCUAUUUUCUCUCUGGUGUGCCAAUUCGUCACAUCUUUCAUCGUUAGUCUCAAGGUGGCGCUAUUUGCAAGCACAGAGCACAUCGACCCCACCACAAACCUGGCCUAUUGGACACUUACUGUUCGAUUGUACCCUGCUAUCAUCCUCAUCAGCGGCUACGUUCUCAUGAUCCUCUAUACCCUCUAUAUAUUCUUCCAUUUCUACGGGAAAUCAACAGGCCUCAAAUGGGAUCCAGUGUCCAUCGCCGAUUACGCUUCACUCUUCGCCCACUGCAACGCGCUACAGUACUUUGCCCCUCUUGAACUUCGACAUAGUCUGCGUCCAAGACAUGUCAUGGUACCACAUAGACGCUUCCGACUUGGAUACUGGGUACGAAAUUCGAAUGAAAACGAUCUCGUGUAUGGCAUCGGAGUCAAGUUGUAUCCCCAGCCCCCUGCUCAACCACACACAGAUACACACAAAUCGCUCCAGGAGCGAGAGAACCUGGGCCGCCCUUGGCACUACGUGCUUACUUUUCGGAAGGUCAAGGCAAAGAAACCACUUUCAGUCGAUAAAUGCAGAAAGCCUGCAGCAUGCAACCACGGAACAUGGCCACACUGCGAGCAUUAUCCGUACAACUACAACCCUGGGUGUGAUCGAUUGGUCAUCGCACUUGGUGCUUUUCUGGCUAUUGGUUCAUUGGUAUUGAGCAUCUAUGCCUUGGCUAUUCGACUACCAUACAAUGGGUUCUCCCUGGCAAACGAUUUGAAACUUCCCACGGGCUUUCAUUAUGGAUUCGGAUCCAGUAAUCACACGUUGCCUCCAAUUGAUCCUUCUGAUCCGAACAGUACAGUCCUCGUAUGGGCUUUGAUGUUCAGGUCUGUCCCAACAUACGUCGCUGGCAUUUUCACAUCGACAAUCAUCACCUGGAUCGACUUGAACAUGCGCUUCAUGCAACCUUUCCGAAACAUGUUCGGUGAGCGUGAAGGAUCCCCAAAAACCGCUUGGGAGCAUGUGAGAGACUUCUUUGGUUGGAGACGCAGAAAAGCUUCCCCAAACCCAGAUGAUGACAAGCGAAUACCAGCCAAAGCAGAAGAGUCCAUUCUUUUGGCGUACCUCACCAUAUCGCCUCUUCAAGUGCCACUGACUGCUUGGAACAAAGGCCAUUUCAAGGUCUGCAUUUACUCUACACUUAGCACACUAUCGCCACUCUUCCCCAUCUUCGUGGGAGGUCUGUUAAUAAUCACACCGAGCCCAGACUAUAAACGAGUCGAGUUUUCCUUUUCCCUGUCAGCAUAUAUCGGCAUUAUGGUAUCUUUGGCGCUGUAUGCUCUCCUGCUACCAGCUGCGAUGCCUGGAGCGUAUCGCCUACUCCCUCGACAACUGUACAGUUUGGCUGACCUCAUGGCCCUAUGUCACGAAUCCAAGUUCAUGGCAAGUCCGCAUCUGGAUAUCACCGAUUCUGAACGAACUCCUUCUAAGCAGCAUAUGGAGGCACGACUUCUGUUGACCGAUGACCGCUUCUUAUUCGGCAAGUAUCGUGGCCGAGAUGGACACGGCCAUAUUGGAUUUGAUGUUGCUCAAGAGCGAGAGCCCGACUUUGGACAUUUGAAAGAUAUAGGAGACUCCGUCACGCACAUUCCACCCGAAGGGUUCGUUUAUAGAGCAAGGACCGCGAUUAUGGAAGAGGGUGGCUUGUUGAACAAAACCAGGAAAACAAUCACGAAAAACUGGGGCCCAAACAAGAAUAGUCCACUGUUACAAAGGUAUCAUAACGUUGGAUCUGGACCUGAACAGCAUGAGAUGCGAGGUGGCUUGGUGCAACCUCCCGCAGGAGGAGAGGCUGAGCGGAGGUCAGCAGAAAACCAACCGCCAGCAAGAGGAGAAGCAUCGGGAUCUCAGCUGCCGCAAUCUGGUGGAGACGGGGGUCGAACAAGGGCUACGAGAGUUGUGCCGCUCACACCAUGAUGGAGUGAAAUCAUCUCUGGGGUUUUUUGGCGUUAGGUGGCGAAUCGAAUGGAGGCUGGCCACCUGAGGGGGUUUUGUUUCAUUGGAUCAUAAUAGCAUACUCAAUAAAAGUGAUUGGAAACGAUAUCUCAGAGGAUACUCGCCUCAUCUAACGCAAGGCGAACAAGCUGCUGAUGAUCCUUGUUCUGCAGUGUCAGUCCCAACAUCGUGAAUGUUAGAUUAUAAUAGCAACAAGAAUAUUUGAG